UCCCGCUGUGGGUAGCCCGGUCGCCGCGGUUCCUUCGCUUCGCCUGGCUCCCAAAGGCACCGAGACCGCGGAGAGACUCCCGGCCGCCCGGCGCGUGAGAGACAGCGCCCGGCCAAGGCUGGUGCAGAGCCGCAGCUGCUGUGUGUCGCCGGGGAGAUUUUAAGUAUUGAGAUUCUGAAGAACAAACGUGAAGGAUGCCAUCUGAGAGGUGCCUCAGUAUUCAAGAAACGCUGACAGGUCAGAGGCUUUGCCAAUCCAGCUCACAUAAUGAUGCUGUCUUGGCAGCUCUGAAUCAACAAAGAAGUGAUGGUAUACUCUGUGACAUCACCCUAAUUGCAGAAGAACAGAAAUUCCAUGCCCAUAAGGCAGUACUUGCAGCAUGCAGUGAUUAUUUCCGAGCAAUGUUCAGUCUCUGUAUGGUUGAAAGUGGAGCUGAUGAGGUGAAUUUGCAUGGUGUCACAAGCCUAGGUUUAAAGCAGGCUCUGGACUUUGCAUACACUGGACAGAUUCUGUUGGAGCCAGGAGUAAUCCAGGAUGUGCUAGCAGCUGGUAGUCACCUGCAGCUGUUGGAGCUCCUUAGUUUAUGUUCUCACUAUCUCAUCCAGGAAUUAAAUAGCUUUAAUUACUUGGACCUGUAUAAGCUCGCUGACCUCUUUAACCUCGCUUUGCUGGAGAAGGCAGUGGUUGAUUUCUUAGUUAAACACCUCUCUGAGCUGUUGAGGAGUCACCCGGAGGAAGUCCUGACUCUCCCAUACUGUCUCCUUCGAGAGGUCCUGAAGAGCGACCGACUCACUUCCCUUAGCGAAGAGCAAAUCUGGCAGCUAGCUGUGAGGUGGUUGGAACACAACUGUCGCUAUCAGUACAUGGAUGAACUUCUCCAGUAUGUCCGCUUUGGCCUUAUGGAUGUGGAUACACUACAUACUGUAGCCCUUUCUCAUCCUCUUGUCCAAGCUAGUGAAACGGCAACAGCACUUAUUAAUGAGGCCUUGACAUACCACCAGAGCAUCUAUGCACAGCCAGUUUGGCAGACCAGACAGACGAAACCUCGCUUCCAGUCGGACACUCUUUACAUUAUCGGUGGGAAAAAACGUGAGAUCUGUAAAGUAAAAGAACUCCGGUACUUCAAUCCAGUAGAUCAGGAGAAUGUUCAUAUAGCAGGGAUUGCAAACUGGAGUGAAUUGGCUCCCAUGCCUGUUGGGAGAAGUCACCACUGUGUAGCUGUCAUGGGAGACUUUCUCUUUGUAGCUGGUGGAGAGGGUGAACAUGUCACAGGUCGCACUUGUGCAGUAAGGACUGCCUGUCGGUAUGACCCCCGUAGUAACUCUUGGGCUGAGUUAGCUCCAAUGAAGAACUGCCGGGAACAUUUUGUAUUGGGAGCUGUGGAUGAGAACCUCUAUGCAGUAGGGGGACGGAAUGAACUGCGUCAAGUUUUGCCUACAGUCGAGCGGUAUUGUCCCAAGAAGAACAAGUGGGCCUUUGUUCAGUCCUUUGACAGAUCCCUUUCAUGUCAUGCAGGAUCUGUGGUGGAUGGACUUCUUUGGAUAUCAGGAGGAGUAACAAAUACUGCACAAUACCAGAACAGGCUAAUGGUCUAUGAUCCUAAGCAGAACAAGUGGAUAAGCCGAAGCCCCAUGUUACAGAGGAGAGUGUACCAUUCCAUGGCUGCUGUCCAAAGGAGGCUUUAUGUUUUAGGCGGGAAUGACUUGGACUACAAUAAUGAUCGGAUUCUUGUACGCCACAUAGACUCUUAUAACAUAGACACCGACCAAUGGACGCGCUGCAGCUUCAACAUGUUGACGGGUCAGAAUGAAUCUGGCGUUGCUGUCCACAAUGGAAGAAUAUAUUUAGUUGGCGGCUAUUCUAUUUGGACAAAUGAGCCUUUGGCAUGUAUCCAGGUGCUGGAUGUUAGCAAGGAAGGGAAAGAAGAAGUAUUCUACGGGCCUACACUUCCUUUUGCUUCUAAUGGAAUAGCAGCAUGCUUCCUUCCAGCUCCCUAUUUCACAUGCCCCAACCUCCAGACUUUACAAGUGCCUCACCACAGGAUUGGCACUAUGUGAGAAAAAGAAUGCACCAUCCAUAAAAGCAAAAGGGGGGGAAAAGCGCUGCAUACAGCAAUUUCACUUUUGGAUCAAUUAAGCAUGAACUGUUUCUUCAUCUUCUACAUAUUUGUCUUAAAGUCAAAUAACAGACAAAAAAAAUGAACUUUUUUUUUCACUAAAGGCUCCACCACACAGUCUGCAGUUUCCCUCUGCCCCAAACUAGGAACAUACACUUCAUACCAACCCAUUUGCCAUUUUCUCUGGGUGACAACUUGUUACUUGCCUCUAUUUAAAAUCUUUGAAAGGCAUUCUGAGUGCACUCAGCAUCUUGCCUGGCCUGUUGUUCCUUGGGGUCUGCACAUUAAAUGGAUUGCCAGUGGCACUGUUCAAAGACAAUAUAAUACAAUGUUUAUAAGCUCAACAAGGACAAUAUUCUAUUAUGCUAAAUUAUUCAACUUCCUAGGUACCUGUGGCAAAAAAGGAUAAAUGCAUUGACCAU